AGGACGGCUAGUCGAGGAUAAAUUUGUGGUUCAUUUGGAGUUCAUCCUGUUCUGUCUUACAGAAGAGAAUUUUGAGGAUGCUCAUCAGGCUGCUCUAAGCCUCAUUCAAGAAAAUGAAUUUGUUAGAGACCCAGUCUCAUGUAUGGUUGUAGGACUUACAUUCUACCAGUUUUGGUAUUCCAAUGUCCCAAAAGAAAUGCUGUUGACAGACUCAGAAGAAGUUGCUGUCCCUCGGCAAACAAAUGAUAACACUAACUCUCAAGAAGCCGUUACAGACUAUCCCCAUAAUUCAGACUCCUCUAUCAAGGAGCAAAUAUCAUCUACGGGGUCUGAUGGCAGAUUACACAGAGAAAAUUCUGUGAGAGUUAUUAAUAGGAUGAUCGAGAUAGAAAACCCUCCACAGAACUUUCAGCCCCAAGGAUUCUAUGCUAAUUCUAAUGAAGAUACAGGAAAUAAUCUGUCUCUAUCUAAUCACGGUGUUCAAUUUCAGUACCCUCUAAAUUUCUCAGCUCUUGGUGAGUAUAGAAUUUCCUUGCCAUUUUUAUUCCCUGAGAAGUAUUAUUGUAUUUUAGACUUUCAUAUGGUUGAUUUCUGUCUACAAGGUUUUUUUCUUUUCCUUUUAUUUAUUCAUUUACUUGGCACAAAUUCAAUGACUUAUUUGGCAGAAAUUAAUUUAAAGAGAACGAAAGAACAAAAACUCCUACUUAUUAUAUGA